AUGAUCAGAGAUAUUUACCACCCGGGGGAAAAAAUAGAAAAUGAUUAUCUAAAGGAGAAAAUUCGAUCGAAAAUAAACGACAUGCUAAAAUGGAAGCGCAAGGGGUUCCCAGGAAGCAAUCCAGUAUCUCUAACAAAACACAACAUCAGGAAUUUAUUUAGCAAAGAUUAUUUAAUAUGUGAAAAGACCGAUGGAGUGAGGUACUUUUUAUUUAUUGCUUCAAACACGACUUUCCUAAUUGAUAGGAAUUAUGAUAUCUUCAAAAAUGAUAUGCACAUCCCUACACAGGACGAUUUGCAUGCCAAGCAGCAAUUGACAUUACUCGAUGGAGAAUUGGUCCAGGACACAAUUUUUAACAAAAAAAAAGGAGUCGAAGAAAAUAAAAUUAUGUAUUUGAUAUAUGACGGACUCUUUAUCCAUAGGAAGGACAUAACAGCUUUGAACUACUUGGAGAGACUCACCAAUGUUUACAACUCCGUCAUUGUUCCGUUGAAGAAGUACAGGAGAUACACCCAGCAGAGGAAGCGGAGAAACGGGCCCACCCCUCCCCCGCGCUCUGCUUUCGAAUCGGAUGACGCGAAUGUGAACAAUUGGCAAAGUGUAAAUGGCAGCAAGAGUGGCGGCAAAAAUGUCAGCGCAAAUGGCAGCGCAAAUGUGAGCCUAAUUAGCAGUGAUAAACAGAGCCUAAGAAGAAGGGUGGACCAAAUGGGCGAUAAGGACACGUCUACCGAUCAGUGGAGCGAACUUAACGGGUUAGAUGACCAAUCGAUGCAUAACAAGGAGGCGUACACAAACGCGCAACAUUAUGGGACACCUACCGAUGGGGGAGAUAUCUGUGAUGAUGACGAAUCAGAUGAGACAACCCCCUCCGAUGAGGGUAGCCACCCCGAGGAAGGCAGCCACCCCGAUGAAGGUAACCCUUCCGAGGAAGAAAAUCUCCCAUUCGAAAUUUACUUAAAGGAUUUCUACCCCAUCUCCCAAAUCAAAGAACUUAUUCAAACCAUUAAGAAAUUACCCCAUCCGUCUGAUGGGAUUAUAUUUACCCCACUGAAUUAUCCCUAUAGAACUGGGAACUUCUUCGAGUUGCUAAAAUGGAAACCACUUAAUUUAAACACUGUGGACUUUGGAAUUGAGACCAUUUAUGAUCAACAUAAUUUUCCUGAAAAGUUUGAGCUUUUCAUUUCCAUCAGGGGAGUGAGGACUUCAUAUCGGACAUACCUUGCAGAGUAUGGGGAUGUGUACAAGGAACUCCUAACCCUAGCGUUAAACAAUAAAAUUUCUCAUUAUAUUAUCGAAUGCUACUACGUUGCGAGGAAUAUUUUUUCCAUUUUUAAAAAUGAAAAUGGGAUGGAGGAGAAAAUCGAAGGGGGAUGGAUUGCUCAGAAAAUUCGGUUCGAUAAAAACAUCCCUAACGAUAUCUCCACGCUGAAUAAGGUUAUACAGAGCAUCCUGGAUAACAUUACCAUUGACUCGCUCAUCAAGGAAAUUUCGCGCAACCGCCCGGGCAAGCGCUGA